AUGACGUUGUUCCGCACAAUCACUUUGAUAGCGAUUUCGUCUGUUGCCAUAGCUCUUCCUGGAAGUUUUAUGUUAGAUGAGAUGGAACCAACAGACAUUGCGUUUGCGUUACAAAGACUUAACAUGUCCUCAAAUACGAUGGAGGCGGUACUUCAGAACCAGGUGGAUGGAAAGUUCUUAUCUACUCUUGACUUGUACGGCUUGUGUAAUGAACUCGUUAUGGAUGUUGAUUCGGACGCUUGCUUCGAGCUGUACGCAUGGAAAGAAACUUUGCGCUCGCAGCAUCCCAUGCACCCAAGAAUGAGCUUUCUCGAAACUCACAUUCCUCGUUGGCUGGAUGCUUACUCAGCCACGCACAGGAGGAGACGAAAUCGGCUGCCAUCUGAAGACAACAAGGUUCUGAUAUGGACCUGCGGGCCGUCCGGGUUUUCUUGUUCAGGAUGGGGGAAUCGCGUGUUGGGAAUCGUCUCUGCUUUCAUGCUGGCAGUUUUAACCGACAGAGUGUUCUACAUUCAUUUGGAGGAGGAAGACACAACUAGAAUCGACAAUUUCUUCCUCUCGGACCUGAUUGACUGGCGGAUCCCAAAGCACAUGUCCAGUAGCAUAUCACCAUACGGCAACGAUUCGGACUACAUUGCAAACUUUUUCCCUAUCACUGGGCAGGAAUUGAGCCAGCAAUUCCGACAAUUUGCUCCUGCCGAGCUCGAAAACUCGAACACGAUCUGGCUCCGUGCUUCUCAUGGCCUAUUCACGGAUCUCUGGCAGAACGUCAAGUUUGAGGAGAAGCUGGCAGAUUUUUCAUUCUGCGAUGUCGAUCUUACGUAUUCCAUCCUUUCCAGUGCUCUCUUUCGUCCGCAUGGUGCACUUGCAGACGAGAUUGUAAAACUAAAAGCCAUGGUCAACGAUCGAUACUUGAUUGGUCUUCAGAUUCGAUUCAUCGAAGAGUCUCGGCUCAACAUCUCUCACUUGACGAGGUUCUUUGACGUUGCAGAACAGAUUGAGAGAAAGGAAGGCAUUACCCAAGGACAAAGCGUGUGGUUCUUAGCCACCGAUUCAGAACAAGUUGUGAAUGUAGUGGCACAGAGCAAAUACUCUGACAAGAUUUUACAUUAUCCCGGGCCCGUCAAGCACUUGGCAGAUGCUGACUUCAUGAACAACUACAGAGAAGCGCUCAAGGUGUUCUUAGACUGGUGGAUGCUGAAGGAGUGUGAUGCAGUCGUUCGAUUUUCAACCGCACAUUUGUGGGCCCAGCGACAUUUGCUUUAA